AUGAAUUUCGGCCGGCCAGACGACAAACCACUAGAAGAGGUCAUCGGGAAGGGUGGGACGUGCCAGAUGGACAUGAUAUCACGGACGUCCUCUGGACUGGCAGUUGUCGUGCAGAGACUCAACACCACCAAACCAGUCACUGAGAAAGGCAACCAGGACAUGCGGCGCAUCAGCCGCGGGUGGUCCAAGGUGCAAGGGAAGCUGCUGGGGAACAAGCAGCGCCCGUUCUUUGUGUACCCAUGGAAGACCUCCCUCUGGGUGGAUUUCAAGCUGCUAGCGUGGAUGAUGGGUUUUCCGCUGGCGAUUGGCUUGGGCCUGGUGUUCCUGAGCUUCAAAGACAAGGUCCUCGAGACCACGCCCGAUGAUCACAAGUUGUAUGCCUUUGUGGGAAUGCCUCUGCUGGGCUUCGCCACAGGUGUAUUCGUGAACUCGUGGAUUGGGUUCUACUUCAGCAUCCACAUGAGCUACCUCAGCUACGCCGUGGUCAUCACGUUGCUGCCAGCUAUGUCCAUGGCGGUGUAUUUUGCCCUCACUUCCCUCAUAUUUCCCUUCUACAACAUCCCAAUAUGCUCCAUGCUCAUUCUGACUGGCGGGGUGUUCCUUCUGAGCUACCCGCACCUGCCUUACAGACUCAAGCUGAAGAAAGCUGUGAGGAAAGACUUACUCAACGCCCUCAUCAUCAUGGACUUUCUUGUUUUGGUUUUUGUCGUAAAUCGCCUUCUUGUGAUGAACUUCGGGCAGCGCGACGCCACGUCGCUGUUGGUCCUUUCUGUGCUGUACCCCAUACUGGUCAUGAGAAGCACAACGGACUGCGCCCGCCUUGCCGAGGCCUUCAACAGGAAGACGGUGUCAGUAGUGGAGGCCUUCUUUACAUUUGUGUCUUCUGUGUUCCAGAUGAUUGUGUUCCUCGGAAUCGAAGAAAAAGUAAGGCCGUUGAUCGUCUUCAUCCUGCUCAACAUCACCGAUUUCGGGUGCCUCUUGCUAUCGGGGCCCCUCAUCGCGUUCGCCAAGAAGAAAAACAUCGUGCUGCUCAAGAGACACAAGAACAGCGCAGAAGACGAUGAUUUUACGGAGGGCCUGGACGUGUUCCUUCGGUGGGUCAAGGAUCCGCUCAAGCUGAAGCCGCUGCUGGUGAAGACCUACUGCGAAGUCGCCGCCAAGGGGUCGUUCAUCAUUCUGUCACUUGCGAUUCGAUUCGGCCCUUCCAAGGAUACCGCGGGCUUCCCUUUUAUACACACCGUCUCGCAGUCAGUGUUCAACGAGGCUGUCUACUUCACCUCCAUCGAACUGGCAAUCUGGACCUGCCUGCAGUACACAGUGGAGAUCUAUCUGCGGCGCAAUCGCUGCCAGUACAUGCUCCAGUGA